GACUUCUCCUCAUGGUAGUGGAAGAGCAGGUUGUUGACAAUCUUUAAAAAGUUGGGGUUUUUUUUUACGCGACACCCUUGAUAAAAUUCACACAACAUGAUGGCCACAAACGGAAAGGAUGCCUGUGGAUUAAAAAACGAUGUGUCGUCAGUUUCUUCAAACGGCCCAGCUGUCGCGAACGGAGAAGCCACGGAGGCAUCAACCCGCUCCAAGUUGCAGAAUGGAGGCACAGUACGGCCGGAGAGGUUUGCCUUCAGCCCGGAGCCCACCAUUGAGGAUAUUCGGCGGAUGCAAGCGGAGUUCACGGACGAGCGGGACUGGAACCAGUUCCACCAGCCCCGCAACCUGCUUCUGGCCAUGGUCGGGGAGGUGGGCGAGGUGGCGGAGCUCUUCCAGUGGCGCGGGGAGGUUGCCGAGGGCCUGCCGGACUGGACCGACUCGGAGCGGGAGCAGCUGGCACAGGAACUCAGCGACGUGUUGAUCUACCUGGUGGAACUCGCCGAGAAGUGUCGCGUCGACCUUCCCCAAGCGGUGCUCCGUAAAAUGGCCCUAAACCGACUGAAAUACCCCGCAAGCAAGGUACACGGGUCGGCCAAAAAGUACACAGAAUACAAGGACUGAGUUUGGGUGUUAAGAGACAUGUCACUCAACGUGAUUGCUGGAGCUGCUGUUCACUUCAGUGACUGUAUGCUGCAGUUUAACCGUGCCCCACUGACGCUGAACAUUUUAUCGUUUGGCUCAAAUAGCUUUUUUUCUGGGUUGACUUGUUACACAACUGUAGAAAUGCUCUUAACUUUAGUGAAUUUUCUGUGAUGCACAGUUGUUAGCCUAGGUUGCUGCAUAUGCAAAGCCACAUACAGCAGGCAAGGCACUUCAGGAAUACCCAGUCUUUUAUUGAGCUUAACGUUUAAAUCCUGUUUUUAGUUUCAUCAUUGAUGUGCAUGAGUCAAUUUGAGACAUUGCAUACUGCUUUUUUUUAAGAGACGAUAUUACUGUUGUGCAGUGCCUUUGGGAAGUAUUAGGAAGAAGAUAUUUCUCACUGAACAUUUUAGAUGUUAUUAAGUUUGGUUCCAGUAGAGGAGUGUUACAGAGUGGAUUAGAAAGUUGGUGGAACUGAAGCAGAUGAUUAUUUUCCUGACCAUCCCUGACAUGGAAAAAAGACCAGUAAAAAGGAAAAGAGUAAUUGUGAAUUGUGUUACUGUUGAUUUAUUUUACAUUCCCAUCAGGGUUGCACGUCCCAUCUUCUUUCUUAUUCACAUUACAACUAUCAGUUUUUCUAGUGAAAGUAAAAGUUGCUUUUAUUCUG